UCUAAACCCCCGCCCCAAGCCGGCCCUGACCGCCGUCGCUCCGCGCUCCCUCAGCCGCCCGCCCGCCGCCGAGCCUCCCGCCUGCAGGUUUGUCCCCCGCUUCGGGCUGAAGGGAAGGUGCAGAAGGGCUCCUGCGAGCGGCUGAGAGGAUUGAAGAAAUGAUUUGAACCAGAAGGACAGAAGCUAAAGUCUCUGUAUUUCUUCUUGGAGCUCCAGUUGCUGAGGAAAAAGCAAAAGAGUAAGAGAAGAGAUGAAAGAACUCAUAACCAAGAUUGCUUGUGCUGGAUUCCGGGUGAACUGUAAGAUCCAGUUUCCACUGCUGUUGGGAGUCUUCUAACAGCAAAAAGAUGCAUCUGGGAAGAAGGAACCAUGCAAAGCCACCAGAUGGAGGAGGAGCCCAGAACAUACCUGUGGAGCUGUGACUUCUCUUUCUCCAAGCUCUGCCCAAGAGAGAAACAAAAUCCAGAAGUGAAAAAGGCAAGUCCCCCUGCCACAAUGAGCUCUGAACCCGAAGAAAUCGAUGUUGGGAAGACUGUUGUCAAUGGGCUGAGCAGCCAUGGCCAGGAAAAAGCUGUCGGCGUGCCCCUCUGUACACGCUCUAUCUCUGCCGUUAAAAUAAUCCCUGUGAAGAAGGUGAAAACUUCUCCUCACCUAGUGCUGCCUACAGAAAUUGAUCCCUCUAAAGUCUGCAGUGGAAAAGGAGCUGUGACCCUCCGGGCAUCUCCAGCCUACCAAGAGAGUCAGACUGUCCCUUCACCAUGUCCUCAGGAUGUUGAGCAACCUGAAAGUCUGGAGCCAGAAACCCCAGAAACAGAUGAUUGGAGGUCAUCCUCUAGUGCUGAUGCCAACGGAGAUGCCCAACCAUCUUCUCUGGCUGCCAAGGGCUACAGGAGUGUGCGUCCCAACCUUUCCUCAGACACCAAGCCACAGGCCCUUGCUCCUCCCCGUCCUCCUCUUCCCAAGGAGGAAAGCUUUGCAUGGCGACCUCGUGCUGACCCGAGACCGACCAACCUCUUGCCAGUGCCCAUCAUGGACUGCGUGUACCUGAGUGCACCCAAGCCUUACCCACAGCGUGCAGCACCCAGUGCCACUGCAGGGUGUCACUUCACAUCACCCACUCCCCACGGGGACAUCCCCAGUGGGCAGCAAGGCUGCUCCCCAAGCCCCGCAGACGGAGCGCCUGCUGGGCAGCCGCUCCCGGACGCUCGCUCCUGGUCGGGGGCAUGGUCCUCCUCCCUCCAACAUAACCCUGGCAGGGCAGGUCCUGGUAGUCAGGCUGGAACGGAUUCCAGUCAUGAGAAGAAGGCGGAUAAAAAGGUCAGCAAACUAUAUGUAGCUUGUUUAUCUAACAGCACUUGCUCAGCCGCAGCCGAAAAUUCCCCCGGCACCGCACAUGACCCAGCAGGCAGCGCCAGUCUGGGCGCUGAGCUCACCCAGGCACCAGCCACCGACAUUGUUUCCUCUGUAACGGAUCCUGGAAAGUCUCUUCCUGCUCCUCCUCCUCCUCCUGUUCCUCCCAGGCCGUACUGUUACAUUGUCCUCAGUAAAGACCCAGUUAGUCAUGGUGCCGGCCGGCCCGACCGGACUCAGCCGCCACCUCCGCAAGCGGUGAGGGACAGAGUGGUAGAGCCCCCGAGCACGGCUGCCACGGGGGACAGGAUGAGAGCAGAGCCUUGCCUUCCUCAGCAGCGACAGCCACCCUCCAAGGCCAUGGGACACAGCAUGGAUGCCACUGCCACCACCACAGCUCAGCCUGGGGUUAUAGUAGUCCCCCUGCUCCAGGUUAAUCCAGACAGACAGCAAGAAGGCAGCUCCAGCACUCCACCACCGCCUCUGGUUCCUUUCGGGCAAGGCUCCGUUUCCCCUGAGACUGUUUCUUCUGGCUCACCCUUGACUUUUCCAACUCUAGAUGAUUUCAUUCCCCCACAUCUCCAGAGGGGUUCCCACCAUAACCAAGCACCCUCUGCAUCUGGCACAUUACCCUCUGUUUACCCGAAACUGCCAUUCUUCUCAACACCACCUUCACUUCUCCCUCCCGUCACGGGGGCUUUGCACAGGGGCUUGAAGCCUGAAAGCACUGGAGUCAUCUCACAUACAGACCCAGGUCCUCUGCUAAAUGAAGUGUCCCAGCGUGGCACUGACCAUCCAACCUCCUUCACUUCAAUCAACAAGUCCUCCUCUGCCUAUCCCUCUACCACAAUUGUCAAUCCCACCAUUGUACUCUUGCAGCACAAUCGAGAACACAGACAGAUCCAAGGACUGUACAAGACAAUGUUCAAACAGAUCCACAAGCUAAACAGAGACACUCCUGAAGAAAACCCUUAUUGCCCUACCUACAUUUUUCCUGAACUUCCUGAAAUCCAGCAAAAAACUGAAGAAGACAAUCCUUAUUCUCCUACAUACCAGUUUCCUGCGUCUACUCCUAGUCCUAUCUCUGAAGAUGAAGAUUCUGAUUCGUACUCUCCUCGUUACUCCUAUUCUGAGAACAGCAGAACCCAGCUCUCAGUUCCCCGUUCCAAGAGUGAGAUGGACAACAUUGACCCAGAGAAGGUUGUGAAGAGAUCUGCUACCUUGCCACUCCCAAACCGUACCUCAUCACUCAAAGCCAGCCCAGAAAGGACUGACUGGGAGCCUCCAGACAAGAAGGUGGACACGAGGAAAUACCGUGCAGAACCCAGGAGCAUUUAUGACUAUCAGCCAGGAAAGUCCUCAGUUCUGAACAAUGAAAAGAUGACUGAUCUAGAAAAAGACCUCUACCUCUACCAGACUGAGUUAGAGGCAGAUUUAGAAAAAAUGGAGAAGCUUUAUAAAGCGCCACAUAAAAAGCCACAGAAGAAUGCAGCAGGUGGUGCUCCUCUGGAAACUUCCACAGACCAUUCUUCCUACUCCACCUAUUCACCCAACUACCACCCAGUGAAAAGGGAGUCAGAACCAGCCCUGGGGGACCCUGCUGGCUUGGAGAAUGAAAGGCAGAUUUACAAGAGUGUGCUGGAAGGUGGAGAUAUCCCAUUCCAAGGGCUGAGUGGUCUCAAGAGACCUUCUAGCUCUGCUUCCACAAAAGUAGAUUCAGAAUCACCAAGGCACUUUGCACCAGUCGAUUACAUGGAAACUCCAGAGGAAAUUCUCCGCAGACGGCACGAUGAUAAAGAGAAACUUUUAGAGGACCAGAGACGGCUUAAACGUGAGCAAGAAGAAGCUGAUAUUGCAGCUAGAAGGCACACAGGGGUUAUCCCAACGCAUCACCAGUUUAUCACUAAUGAGAGAUUUGGGGACCUCCUAAAUAUAGACGAUACAGCAAAGAGGAAAUCUGGGUCAGAGAUGAGACCUGCUAGAGCCAAGUUUGACUUUAAAGCACAGACACUGAAGGAGCUGCCUCUGCAAAAAGGAGAUAUUGUUUACAUUUACAAGCAGAUUGACCAGAAUUGGUAUGAAGGUGAACACCAUGGCAGAGUUGGCAUCUUCCCACGAUCAUACAUAGAGCUCCUCCCACCAGCUGAGAAAGCUCAGCCCAAAAAGCCUUUACCAUUGCAAGUGCUGGAAUAUGGAGAUGCUAUUGCCAAGUUCAACUUCAAUGGAGAUACCCAAGUGGAAAUGUCCUUCAGAAAGGGUGAAAGGAUCACCUUGAUCCGACGAGUGGAUGAGAACUGGUAUGAGGGCAGGAUCUCUGGCACCAGUCGCCAAGGCAUCUUCCCUGUCACCUACGUGGAGGUCCUCAAGAGGCCUGUGGUGAAGAACGCCAUUGAGUACCCCGACCCACCGCUCCCCCUCUCCCCGAGCCGCAGCAUGACAGCCUCACCACAGUCUCCCAGCUCUGAGCUGCUCCACACACCAACUCCUCCACCUUUGCCUUUCCCACGCCGUGCUCUGUCCCCGGAGGUGCAGGCGGUCACCUCGGAGUGGAUCGCUCUGACGGUGGGAGUGUCUCCUCCCACCACCCCUGCUGUCACUCCUCCAUUGCCUCCUCCUCCUGAAGCUUCCCUCUGGCCUCCAGCUGCCUCCAGCCCUUCUUCCCACCCUCACCCCUCCGGCUCCUCCACUCCCAGGUCCAUCAGGUCCCCGUUGCCCUCCUCCUCCUCCAGGCUUCAGCCCUCCGCCGCCCCCCAGAGCAAAGAGAAGUGGCUCGGCUCCCCUUCUUCCAGCUACUCUGACUCCCCACGCUGGGGGGUGGAAAGCCCCCAAAACCUCCUGGCAGAGCCUGCUGGCAGCCAAGCCUGGCUCCAGAAGCCCCGGGAAGGCAGCAGCACCCCGGAGCAGGCAGCUCCAGCCCUUCCCAACAUCUCCUCUGAGCGCUGCCUGAAACCAUCCCAAGUAGAGACGCGUGGCAGCCCGGGCAGGAGAGCCCUCAGCUCCUCUGGGGACAACCAGUUGUGUCAGGAGCUGAUGGCUAUUGUGCAGGGAGGUACAGGAGAGAAGAGAGGAGUGAGGAAAGGUGAUCUGGGGAAGUUCCAAAGCGGGGAGAAGAAGACUGCAGACUCAAAAGCAUUCUCUUCAUCUGCUCCUCUCUCUUCCUCUGCCCUCCCUUCCUCUACUGUCACAACACAGCCACCUCCCAGACUUACACGCAGAGUCAAUAAGCCACAGCCUUCCCACCAUUCAUUGAGAGCUGGACCAGAUCUCACAGAGUCUGAAAAGAGCUAUGUGCAACCUCAAGCACAGCAGCAAGGAGCCAGCCCUGACAGGAGUCAAACACCACGAGACAUAGUUAGUUACCAAGCCCUCUACAGCUACACACCUCAGAAUGAUGAUGAGCUGGAGCUGAGGGACGGUGACAUUGUUGAUGUCAUGGAGAAGUGUGACGACGGCUGGUUUGUGGGUACCUCCAGGAGGACGCGGCAGUUCGGCACCUUCCCAGGCAACUACGUGAAGCUGCUGUACCUGUAGAACACCAGGGAUCCCACCACAGCCAGUGGCAGGGCUGGUUUCCAGAUGGUGUUUUUAAACAGCAAAGAAACAGACAAUUUGUGAAUGUAACAGACAAGAGAGGAGAUGUGUUAGGAGGAUGUGGUUACGUGGUACAGUACUGAGAUGAAUGUGCAGCCCUGCUUCCACGGGUUCAGGGUGUGACUUGUUUGCUGAAGAAGAGACAGAUCCUAGUUUACAGUGCUGCCUUUGUGUAUUCCUCUCCCCUCCCCAGCAAGAGUUCUGGUGAUAACCUUAAUUUGUAUGGAGCCCUUACCUCUGAGAAGGCUUCAGGGAAGGAUAGGUUUUGUUUGUGUUGAGAUAGGAGAGUGCUUUGGGGCAGCCUGGCAUCUGCUCCCUUUCCCUGGCAAGGGGCAAGGAGGGGCUUUCUGCCCAGUUUGCUGCAGACUCCUCUGCAGUUUCCUCUGCCUUCCCCCUCCGUAGAAAACCCUUCCUUCAUGUCAUGCACCUUAAGACCCAGCACGGGCAGAGGACAGCUGAUAAGUUCAACCUGCAGAGCUCUGUGUGGAAGAGGAGUUUGGGACUGGUGGUUUAAUCCAGAGGUCAGCCAAAACAUACUGCAAACACCUAAAAAUCCCCAACCCUUCCAUAGACAGUGUUACCAAGCUCUGCAGGGUUUUUUUUUCUUCUGUGCAGGGUGUGUGUGUGUGAGAUGUAUUGCGUGCCUCAAAAUUAACCAAGUCUUGUUUUUUAAAGAGAAAUCAGCCUGGCUUUGACAUUUAUCUGCACAAAGAAUAGAACCAAUAAACAGAACGUCAGUGAGAGCAAAUCCUCUUUGACUCCUCCAGCCCCAUCGCUUUUCUCUGCUGCUCCUGCCCUCUUGCUGGCCCUGAAGGAUUGCACACUUUCUGAAGCAGUCUUUGGGAUAAAGAUUUUGCUUCCUUCCUGGCAUUAAAUCUUAGAGGCUCUGGUAGAUCUGAGCAACAUAUCACUGAGGGUGCCUUUUAUUUUUUUGCUGUUUGGUUAGGGUGUUGAUGGUAGGUCUCAAACUGUUUGCAUUUUGGCUGCCUCUUAGUCAUACAAAAAAAAAAAUUAAAAAAUUCUAAUUUGGAAAGCUGCUCCCAGCAGUGAUUAUAUAGUUACAUUUGUGUUUCCUUGGGGGAAAAAAAAAAAUCCAACAUGGCUUGCCUGUAAAUCCACUAUGAAUAAUCUUUUGAUAGACGUUUUGUUAUUAAGAAGCAUAAACAAGCCCAGUUCUAUCAGACUCUGCUUCCUACAGUUACCACACAAAUAGCAAAGGGUUAGAUUGCUAUUUUGUCAUAAGCCGUAUUUAAUAAUAUAAAAUGCCUAUUUUUAUGCUGAUGCUUUUAUACAGAUUUAUUAAGAGUAACUACAACUAACUGUUAGCACGACUUACAAUGUUUUGAUAAACUAGCCAUGCUCCUGGGUUUGAAAUCAAGUAGGCUUCUCUUCUGCCUGGGUCAGGGGAAGGGAAGACUCAGUGUCUCAGAAGUUUGACUGUAAAUAUGUAUAUUUAACUUUGUACAGACAAUGUACUUACCUUGUAUAGAAAAGUAAUUUAAACACGUUGAGUGAAGGGAGGGAAAAGAAAAAAAAAAAAAAAGGCAGUUGUGAAAGGUUGGGAUUUUUUUUCCACUUUUAUUUAAAUGAUGGAAUUCCAUGUAUGUUCACAUCAAGAGUUUUAGCACAAAAUAGCCUUUAUGGAAGGGUUUCAGAUAUGACACAAAGCACCACUGUUUCUUUUCUGCAGGACAUACCUGCACCUUAUUUAUGGGGUUUUUUUCUGCUUUGGGUUUGCCCUCCAGUUAUUUGCAGCAAUAUUCAAGCCUGUCGCUAUGAUUGGAUAACACCAAAUUAAUCUUAUCCAGCAAAUUAACCUGAUGAUACUGACUGUAUAUAACAUGCUCAUUUAAAAGUUUAUUUUUUUGUUCUUGCUCUUACCAUUUAAAUUACACACACACACACACACACAAGGCAACUUACUUUUUGUGUUGAUUUUUUUUUUGUUUCUUUUUGCAGUGGAUUACUAUUUGACAAUUAAUAAAUGGAACUAUUGAAUUACAAUUGUGUUCCUUGUACAAAUUAUUAAAUAAAGUCUAUUCACAAAGGUUA